GUGGAGGAACAUACUUGGGAGGCUUUCCGGCUCUGUGAGCAGGUCUAACUGGCUUUGCAUGGCUCCAGUCUCUGGCAUUCACCUCCUCAACACAGGAUGGCUUUACAGGGACCCGCUUGAUGCACUUCUGCAUUCUGCCUUGUUAUGAAGGGAGGACGUGCGUUAAGUGUGAGACGGGAGGACUUCCUGAAAUGUGAUGGAUCCCAAUCAAAGGCAAGCCAAUGCAUCCGUUCAGAGACAAGAUGCCACUGACCUCCCCGGGCCUCUUACUGACGAUCCUUUUGAUCUCUACGAGAGCGCUGGGAAGAUGUCCUCCACUGAAAUCCAACCCAGCCCCCCCAGGCCACCACCAAUCCGUCGCCCUCCUCCUCCGCUCAGAACCAGACUUCCCAGUGAAUGUUUGCCGGGUACCAAAGGCCAAGCACCCGUUCCUUUACCUCGCAAGGGGCGAAUACCCCUCAGCAACAGCAAGAAGCAGCUAUCCUGUGACCUCACUGAUCACGCUUCCAAACUGAACCGUUCCCGUUCGGAAAUACACAAUCAUGACCCAUGGACGAUCGCACUAAUAGACACUCCAGAAGGCAGCACCAGGAGGCUGACGUCUUUUUGUGCAGCCACUUCCAGCCUCAUGUCACGACACCGGCACACAGACAUCCUCCAUAACUCGGGUUUGGUAUGGAGUCGUUUGUUACGAAUCAAUCCGGCCCUCCUGCAGCAGGUGGAGGUGAAUGUCAGCGUGGCCACCGAGUGGGACAAUCACCAGCUCCCCUUCCGCACCGCGGUGAACAGGACAGUGAAGAGUCUGAUCGAUGAAAUCUUCCAGCUGCUCGACCUCCCCCCCAGCCCAAGCGGAUGUCAUUAUUUGAAACUGUGCAACUCCGAUGAGUAUCUCGAAAAUGAAGAACUGCUGGGCAUGCACGAGAAGGUUCAGAUCUCCUCCAAGCUAAAACUGGUCGUCCCCCUGCGACUGCUCCACGUGGACAACCUCAGACACCGUCUGUGCAGAGAUGGGGAGGAUGACCGAACACCUUGCCAGCUGUACCAGCUCCUGCGUUCUGCUUGUGUCUUCAACACCUGCAGGUUGAGCCUGCAGAAUGUGCUCUGGAGCUACAACAGGGAGGUGUCAGAGCUAAUGAGGAGUAAGUCGGGGAUGAACGUCAAUGUGGUCGUGUCCCGCGUCCGGGUCAUCAGUAAUCUUCUGUGCGGGCUCUCGUGUCAGCAGCUGGAGGACGCUAUCGGCAGUCUCAACAGAAUCAAUCCCAUACCUCUGAGUCAUGAUGAGAUCUUUCAGUGUGAAACAGCCAUGAUUGUGCUCCACAAGGAGCUGCUGAGAUUGCUUCAGGUCUUCUUCAACAAUUUCCAGUCAGACGUCCGAUGUCAGGAAGAAACCAACAGCAUGCAAAUAUUAGACGUUGAAGACAACUCUGAAAUCCUCCAAUUCAAUAUCUGUGCUCUGUACCAACUCCAGUCCACCUGGUUGAUGAACUAUGAAUGCUUCUCGGUAUCCUGUGAUUUGACGUAUGGAGGAAUAAAGAUCUGCGACACAGGCAUCUCUGAAAAUAUCUGCACCGCCUUGGCAUCCGGGAACAAGAUCCAGUGUAACCGCGUGAUGGUGUUUCCCGCUCGGGUUAAUCAGCUGCCGUAUGAGUGCAUGUUGACAUUUUGCCUCAAGGCCUCCAAGCGCGGAAAGACGCCCGAGCUUUUAGGCUGGGCUGUGCUACCUCUCUACAGCAAUAGGACUCUGGUAAAUGGGACCGUUCUGCUCAGUUUGUCCACACUGCCCGAGCUGCCUGUCCCUCCCUCCCCCGCCCUGUUUGACGGCCACGGUCAAGCCGUCGGGGUCAUUCUGCAGCUUGAGUUUGCUGAUCAGUUCGAGUGGAGGUAUCAGAGGCCCAUCGCCCUCCCCGGCUCCUUCAGUUUUAAUGAGCCUUGUGAGUCGUUGCAGAGAAAAAUGGUGGAAGUCUCUAAGAAGCACUGUCUCUGCUUUCUAACAGAAAAUGAGAAGGCUUUCCUCUGGAGUAAGCGCCACAGCAGUAACCAAAGAAGUACUUUUCUCCACCUGCUGCUUGGUGGAGUGCCCCAGUGGCGUCCUGAAGACCUGACGGAAAUCUACACUUUCGUAGAGAACUGGACCAUCUAUCUGCCAGAGGAGGCCCUGUUCCUGCUCAGUGACAGUUUCCAUGAUCAGACUGUGAGGAGAGCUGCGGUUCAUUACUUUGAACAGAUACCGGAUGAAGAGCUGGAGGUGUUUCUACCACAGUUAGUGCAGGCUCUGAAGAGCGAGUGGGAGCUGGAUGGACCUCUGGUGAUGCUGCUGUUGGAGAGAUCAUUGAAGAACGUGCGGAUUGCCCAUCAACUCUACUGGCUGCUGGAGGAUGCCUACACUGACUCCUACUACCAGAGUUGGUUUAGUAAGGUACAGGCUGCCCUGCGGCACUGUUGUGGCCGGGCUCUGAGGCAGGAGCUGGAGAACGAGACCCGCCUGCUGUCUGUGCUCAUGCAGGUGGCCGAGCAGGUCUGCACCGCUAAAGAGGCUCGGCGUAAGCAGAAUGUUUUGGCCAAUGAGAAAGUAAAGAUUCAGGAGUUCUUCGGAGAGCGGAUCAGCUGUUGUCUGCCACUGGAUCCUGCCGUGCGUGUGAAGGCAGUGGACCUGGAUGCUUGUAAGUUUUACAACUCCAAUGCUGCUCCUCUUGGGAUCUCCUUCUCCUGCUCAGACCCGCUGGCCAAAAACAUCAGUGUCAUCUGCAAGACAGGAGAUAACCUGCGGCAGGACAUGUUGGUGCUUCAGAUAGUCUGUGUGAUGGACAGUGUGUGGCUACAGGAGGGGCUGGACCUGCAAAUGAUCACCUACAGGUGUCUUUCCACGGGCAGAAAUCAGGGCCUGGUGGAAGUGGUCCCAGAUGCAGUGACCCUCGGGCAGAUUCAGCAGGAGUGGGGUCUGGGUGGCACCCUUCGAGAAGACACCCUGGAGAAAUGGUUCCACAUGUCUAACAAAACUAAAGAGGACUAUGACAAGGCUGUGAUGAACUUCAUCCACUCGUGUGCAGGGUGGUGUGUGGCCACCUUCAUCCUGGGGAUCUGUGACCGCCACAAUGACAACAUCAUGUUGAAGAACACUGGGCACAUGUUUCACAUCGACUUUGGCAAGAUCAUGGGCAACGCACAAAAGUUCGGAAACUUUAAAAGGGACCGGUCUCCAUUCGUCUUUACGUCCGAGAUGCAGCACUUCAUCACAGGCGGAGGGCAGAACCCUCAGCGCCUGCAUCGCUUCGUGGAGCUCUGCUGUGAAGCCUACAACAUGAUCAGAAAGCGCACUGCAUUGAUAAUCAGCUUGUUGGAGCUAAUGCUAAAUGCAAAUAUGCCAGAACUGAAGGACUCAAACGACCUGCUGUACGUCCAGAAGAACCUCAGACCUUGUGACACGGACCUGGAGGCCACAUCCUACUUCACAAGGAAGAUCAAGGAAAGCAUGGACUGUAUGGCAGUCAAGUUUAACUUCCUCACACACAGCAUAGCUCAAGGGAAGAAACAAGAAGCACAGGUGCAGCCGCUCAGCAGCCCGGCUCCUUCCACCAACAUCCAGGAAGCUGUCAUCCAGGGAUACACCAUCAGCGGAAAAGAUGUGAUCUACAACAUCCGAGUGACCAUCCACAAUGGUGUUCUGAACAGUGAGAAGACAUUCGGGCAGUUUGAGCUCAUCCAUAAGCAGCUGAAGAAGCACUUUAUUGAAACGCAGCUGCCGCCGUUUCCCAAGUGGUUUAAGAUGUCAUUCACCCCAGGCAGCAGGAUGUCUAUGCUAAAUAAAUACCUGAAAGAGCUUUUUGAGGGGCCUUGCAAGGGAAAUGAGUUUGUCUGCAGCAUGUUCCUGGACGGCCCCAUCACAGUUCCAGAAAGUGGGGUGACAGGAGCUCGUCCUCAGGUCCAGCUGAAAAUUUCUUACUCUGACUGCAAGCUAUCGGUCUUAGUAAAACACCUGAAGAACGUUAAGCUGUCAAAUGGCGCCAACCCCGACGCCCAUGUGAUCGCGCAUCUUAGGCCGGACCCUCGGCUGCAGUACAAGAGGAAGACCAAGGUGGUUCGGAAUAAUGACAACCCCACCUUCAAUGAGCUGUUGGAGUACAAUUCCAUCCCACUGCUGUAUGGGAGGGUACUGGAAGUCACAGUGAAGAGCAAGAAUAACUUUGUGGCUGCGACCAACAUCAGACUGGUGGAAGAUUUACUAGAAAAGGAGAAGUGGUUUGUCCUCGGAAACUGUGCGAUCUGACCUCAGAGAGCUGCGCUGUUAGUGCGCUGCCAGCAGGGGGAGCAGCGCCACCAGGAGGGAAUCAAUUCCAGGAUCUCUCCCAUUGAAUGAGACAAAUGCACCUGUGCAGAGGAGCUGAGGACUCGCACCCAUUCAUCAGGCACCCUAGCCUCCCUCCAGAGCUACAUAUUUUGGCAUUAAAUUGGGGGUUUUAGAUGACUUUACAAGGCUGAGUAAAAGACUUAGAGAAGGAUACCGUUUACUGUACAAAGCAUUACCUUGUCUGUUUUACUUUACAAAAUGAAGGAAUCAAAUGAAGGAAUCAUUUGUCCAAUUUUGGGAUGUGACUUUGCUGAUGGUUGAAGUCAAGAAACUUUCUAUUUAUAGGGAUGACUAUUGAACCUGGAAGCGUGUGUGGUGGAGACUGUCGAUGUGACAGAUUAAGGGGCAGGUGAUGCAUUGCAGUUAGGGAAGGCCUGUCUGACACCUGCUCAGACUGAGUGUGUUUGUCGACUGGAUGUCCUUGACCGGUGGAAUCGGAAGCGGGAGGCAGGAGAGUGAGGGAGAGGCAGGGGAGUGAGAGUCUGUGAGCGGGAGGACGACGCAGCCUCUCCGGCCUGAGGGGCCGAGUUAACGCUCUUCCCAUCACUCCAUCCUCUGUCUCAUCCAUCAGUGGCAUUCAGACACAGCUAUGCACAAGCAAACAGGCAAAGGCAGACAUUUGCAUGCCCACACAAGCACUCCGGAAUAAAGAACACACACAUACUCUCUGGGGCUUAAGGCUGGACCUCAUGUGAUCUUACAUCUUCCUCAUGAUACGCCUGCUGACGCUCUACUGUCUUUCAUCUCAUUCAUAGGAUUUAGUGAUAAAGGAUAGAAGUAGUCUCGCAGCACUGGAUUCAGUUGAAUAAUGUAAAGCUCUGUGAAUGCUAUUUAUAUUAUUCCCUGCUGCGUCUCUCACGAGGAAGUGGGCUUGGAGGAAAUUGCUGCCUGCUACUCUUUCAUAGUAUAGUGCUCAUUGACUAUUAAUGUAUCCUGGCAUCACUCAUUGCCUUCAGAAAAUAUAAUUAAUAAUAACUGCAUUCAUUGUUUUGGAAUAGAUGAACAUUUCUUUAUGGUUUCUCUUACGUGUGAUCAACGCUGCCACAAUAAAUGCACUUGCAUCAAUAAUUCAUUUGAUAAGAAUGUAAUCUCCUACUUUGGGGGUUUCUCCACUACUUGAUGCCAGAAGAGCGUUAUUCUGCAUUACUCCUCUGGUCUUUUUCCUCCUCACUGGAGAGAAAACAUGUCUUUUUUCUGACAAUAAAACCGAUAUUUAUAUCUGA